UCGAAAAUUAAAAUAUUUGGGUCACCAACCCAUUAAUUUUCUCAUAUCACUUUCACUUCAACCAUAACCAAAACUGAACCGCUCUCACCGGAAUUCAGACACAGACACAGUGUCAACCACCGCACACGCAUCCCUAGAAAAGAAAUCGAGAUGCAGGGAAGAGUGAGGAAGGUUUCAGCUCGUGGUGAACCGGUAGCAGCAAACUACGCAUUCGGUCCUUCAAUAGACGAUGUAAUCAUUAAACACCGGCUUCUAACCCGAACAACAACAACUCGAGGCGAACCACCAUUGAAAAAGCUUCAAAAGAAGUUCACUUCUUUCGUUUCUGAGGUAGACAAAGAUGAAGACAAUUACAAUGACUGUGAAAAGCUUGCAAGAGCUUUUUUGCAAGAAUUGACUACUUUUGAGAUACCCCUUUUGAAGAGUAAAGCGAUCGUUGAAGCUAAUGUUAGAGAGAAGGAUAAUUUCAAUGAGUUGAAAGAUGAAAUGAAUCGACAGAUUGCGCAGGCGCAGGUUGAUAUUGAGGAUUUGAAGAAGCAGUUGGAGGAGAGUAAGGUUGAGAGAAGGCAUAAGGAGGAGUGUGAGGCUAUUAGGAAGUUGAUUGCUGUGCAGCCGCCGAGAUCCGAGACGCAAAAGGUUUUGAGUGAGUUAGAGAAGGAAAUUGCGGCGUUGGAUGCUGAGAACACUGCUGGUUCGAGAUUGUUGGAGCUGAGGAAGAAGCAGUUUUCACUUUUGUUGCAAGUGGUGGAUGAGUUGCAGAAUACAAUAGAGGAAGACCAAAAGAGUCUAGUCGAGGAGAUGAGAUUAGCAACUGAGGAGCUCAAGAAUGGGAUGGAGGACGCAAGUGGGGGGUCAGAUGCAAUGGCAGUUGACCAUUAGAUUGAAAGUCUCAUUGUUGUAUCAUUUUUUGUUUUCAUAUCGUGAUUAGGAAUCAUAUGUAAAUGAAAUAUCAAUGUUAUUUUGCCAGUGCUUAGAACUUUGUACACUUGCAUUUUGAUGGGGGUUUUCUCUGAAAUUUUGUUGUGUAACAAUAUAUUCAACAUUGUUGCGUCUUUUUCACUAUUUUUUUUUUCCCUUCUCCUUA